UGACCUUAGGCUAAAAAUACAAAAUCUAAUGAAGGUAACUACGUUGCUGAGAUGGCAUCAGCCUGUUUUCAGAGAGUAUGUUUUGAGAUCCUGCUUGUGUGCAUGACAGGGAAGGCAGUUUUCAGGAAGAUACAGUUUUAUGUAAUAAAUUGUAUUCACCCAAAUCUUUUCAGUAUGAAUAAUUACAGCUUGACAUGUCUCCAAAUCUAUUUGGGAUGUGCUUUUUACGUAUUAAAACUACAAGGCCAGAUUCUUAAAGUCAAAGAACUCAAACUGUCGUAAGCCCUACUUGUUCAGGCAUUCAUUAGAAACAUUCAUCUCAUCUCUCCUCAUGUAAUAUUGCUCAAUUUGCCAUAACUUGAAAUAGAGGUAAUUUUUUUUUAAGGAACUGUUCUUAAGUUACAGAUACUUCACUGACAGGAUUUGACUGCUGGAGAACAAGAUUAGAAAAAAAAAGCUUAAACUGAAUAAACUAAAUCUGCUGGCAGGAGUAAAAAUAAAUAAAUAAAAAAAGAAUCCACUCUUACCAUAGAAUGCUUGUAAGGAGAAUACGUAGUUUUUUAAACAGCCAUAACAGAAAGCAAGACCUUGCAUCAGGCACGCAAGAUGGUGACACUUGACAUUUGUUCUUACACAGAGUUUAUCUUCACUGCAGAAGUUACAAACAAAUUCAAAAGAAUGAACACUUUAAUUGUUUCAGUGCAAUGCAGCUGUCAUGACUGGUUGGCAAACCUUGCAAAGGGCAGAAAGGUUCAUCUGCAAAAGAACUUGUGGGUUUAAAAAACAAACGAGAAAACAAACGAGAAAUAGUGCAGUAAGGCAGAGGCUCAAAUCAAUCUUUUUAGAAAACUUUUCAAGUAGAGUACUGCUGCUUUCAGAAUUCUGUCAAAGCUUGAGGCUUCACUCCUGCAUAUGUGUUAUCACAAGCAACACAAGUCAAAAAAUGUGGGUCUAACAAGAUGGAGACAAAUCUGUUAGCACCACACAGACAAGAGUGAGCUAUGUGACUUGGCUGUUUUGGAUAUCUAAGAGUGCUGAAAAAGAAACAAAGGCUGAAAGUGACUGUCAGCAGUAAAGUUUCCUGGAACAAAUAAGUCUGUCCCUGCAUUCCCCUACCCUCAGUUCUCCUGCCUUUCCCUCUGUAUCUUGCCUGCAGCUGCAGUUCUAGUUAAAGCUGUUCAGCGAAGCAGUUCAUUCUCGGCACAGGAGGUGGAAUGUGUUCCACACGGCUGUGCUAAGUAUGGUGUCAAGCUUAGACUCUCUGUUUUUUGGUGUAUUUGCCUUGGCUCUUGUCUGUAUCCAGGUAAGAUCCUGACUCUGUUUGCAAGUGAGAGUUUCAGCUAAGCAGAGAUAUUCAAAAAACUGUGUUGCUACACAGGUAACAUAGUAGAUCAUCCCUUUGCUACGAUGUUUCAGAUCACACUCUCCUAUCAGCCAUUUCCAGCACUUCCUGACAACUAGGAGAGGAGAACUACUACAGCCAGUGUUUUCUGUGCAGUACGCUACCAACUUUGCAGGUAAACUUGGUUCACACUUUUCAGCUGUGCAUGAGAACAAAGUUUUGUGAGUUGUGGCUUUGCUUCUUGUAUUGCAGGAGAGAGUUUUUUGGUUCCUAACAGAAUUCUGUAAACAGUAAGAUUUUUCUUGAUCCCAAUUUUUAUGUCACUAGUCAUUCAAAACUGUUUCUAUCAAUAUGAAGUGUUCUAUAGAAAUAAAUACAGUUACUGUCUCCAAUGUCCAAGUCCUCCUUAACCGGUAUAAAUCAGAGUAAUUCCUUUGACUUACAUGAACUGGCAUAAUCCCAUUUAGUUGAAGAUCAGGUCCAGAGUACAGGAAACGGUAUUAGUCAGGGAACAUUACAAUAGGUUCUAAUUCUUCUUCUUCUUAAUGCUUUCGUAAUGAUGUGGAGUGUUUUGAAGUUGCUGUAGUCCAAACAAGUUAUUUUUGGUUUUCUGUUUGGAGUGUCUCUGGCUCAGUAGGUGGAACAACAUCCUUGGUUUAGGGAUUAUGUUUCAUUAUUAAUUCAAAAGCAAUGAAAGCCAAGCUAGAAUUUGAGAUUUUGAGCAAAGCUAAAGCUCUGAGGAGACGAAUGUUUCCUUAAAGGAUGAGCAGAUUGAAUUAGCUUACCUAAUUCUGAAUGUAAAUUCAUUGAUAUUAAUAAAGUUCUAACAGCUGAAUCCAUAUAUUUAGGGCAUGUAAAACGAAGUAAAGAAGAAGGAUUUAAAGAAUUUUAAUAACUUGAAAGAGCGGUGGGAAAUGCAUUUCUUUUCGAAUAAAAAAUGAUAAUGCCUUUCACUGGGAGCAGAGCUUUUACAAUGGGUCUUUCAACUAGGCAUCUCAAAACUCUUUUUGAAACACUGAAUUAUGUCUCAACACUGCAGCCUUUAUCAAAUGAACAGUCUCAAAGCAAAGGAAAUACUCAGCUAAUUUUGCAGCUGAGGACUGGGAUCUGGAGCCUUGCCCUGUGAGGUGAUGAAGCUUUGCUUUCCAGAACUUUCAGAAGGAGCAAGCAAAAAGUGUGAUGCGCAUAAAGUCACAGUACGAAUCUAGGAAAGUUCUGGAUUAAAACACCCUACCAGGCAUAUGUAGGCUGCAAUUUCAUCUUUCUCUUCUGAUGCUACGUUGGAAAGGACAACUGCUUUGAAAUUUAAACCAAAAAGAUAAUCAUGUCUUUCUGCGUGGUUUGUCAUCCCAACCCAUUGUCUUUGCUGGAACACUGGUGAAAAUCUGCUGGGAGGAAAAGGCAAAAAAGUUAACCAUUCAAGUCUGCUGACCUUAAAACCAGUUGAGCUAAAUUGACAUUUGCUACUCUUCAUUCAAUGGUCACCACCAUUCUUUUUUUGUCCUGUCAGAACGAUUCCAAUAGGAGAUAUGUCCUGAACACAUAUAAAUGAAAUAAGUUUAAAUAAGCUCUAAGUUUGUUUUCUGUGUAUGUGUAUCUUGUCAUUUUACUUUUCUAUCCCUCUGUCUGGUUUACAACCAUGAAAUGCAAUACAGAAAACUGCCACAAGCACACAGAGAACUGAGAAAAGUACAGUUUGCCAUAGCCAGGGGCAGCACUCAAUGUCACCGCUUUAUCGUAGGCAGAUAGCACAGUGCGAGAACAUUCUGAUUUGUAAAUGAUGGAUUUUGAAAGGCAAAACAAAUGCCAGUAAUCCGCUGUGUUUUGCAGCAUCAGCGCUGUAAAUAGGCAUACUCUCUUGGUUAUUUGGUUGAACAAAUUUUAAAUUUAUGGUAAGUAUAAGCACACGUCAUUAAUUUUAUAUACUUUAAGUGAUAAUAGCCAGCUUCUGCCAGCAUGCUAAUGUAUGUAAUCUGUUCUUUAUAGCCCGAAGCCAGACACCCUUUCAUUCGUGCGUUCAUACUCUGGUAAAUUAAUUUACAGAACUGGAGGGGAGGGGGUAGAAAGAAAACAUUUCUUGCACUGUCACUGCCCCUCGGAUAUCUGAUUGUGUAAAGAGUGUGCCGGGCGGCGGUCCGUCCUGUCCCGCAGCUCCGAGCGGAGUGGGAGGGUCACGCUGCGUGAGACUGAUAAGGGCAGCGCUGCAUCCCCUCGCUGCGCUCCGGAGACGUUCCGCAACUCGUCGGCACGCAGCAGCGCGGGCAUGUCCGUGCCUCUGGGGGGCAAGCUGGAAUAGAAACCAAAGAUUUGCAGCUGAUUGUUCACAUGUGUCCGGGGGGAGAUGAAGUGCAUUGGAUCUUGUGCAGUUUGGCUUUGCGUGGCAGUCAUCCUGCUCCUCCCUGCUUCUACUGGUGUGGCCGUCAGUGACCAGACAGGUGCUGGGUGUCCUUUAAUGAAAACAGCUACUCAUCAUCACGAACAAGUCAACAGAGACAGUCUUGGUGUAUCAGGGUUUGAUCUCACAGAAAGCUUUUCUUUGAGACAAACAUCUUGUGGAGGGGAAAAAGUCUGCUUUAAACUGGGAAGCGCUCCUCUCAUCAGAGAAACGAAGCAAGUAUUCCCAAAUGGGCUUCCUGAAGAAUACUCUCUAGUUGCUACAUUCCGGAUACGGCGAAAUACCAAGAAAGAGCGUUGGUAUAUAUGGCAAAUCUUAAAUCAGCAUGAUACUCCUGAGAUCUCUGUCCUUCUGGAUGGUUCAAAAAAGGUUGUGGAGUAUAUGACCAAAUCUGCUCAGGGGAAUAUACUACACUACACUUUUAAGAGUCGAGAAAUUUAUCCAUUGUUCGAUCGGCAGUGGCAUAAACUUGGUAUUAGCGUGCAGUCAGGGAUCAUUUCCCUCUAUUUGGAUUGUAAUUUAAUUGAGAGAAAGCAGACUGAUGAAAAAUUCACCAUUGACUUUCAGGGAAGGACUCUGAUUGCUUCUCGCGCUGCAGAUGAUAAGCCUGUGGAUAUUGAACUUCACCGCAUAACAGUUUAUUGUAAUCCAAAAGUUGCAACAGAAGAUACGUGUUGUGAAAUAUCUGCAGACCUGUGCCCACAUGAGGACAGAUUACUUGCUACUACUUCAUCACCUGUGUCUGUUCAUGCCAGCAAAAUAUACACGCUUUCAGGAACACAGCAAGAAUCUACAGACAGAUGCCAUUGCUUUCCAACUAAAGGAGAAGCAGGAUUACCAGGAGUAGCUGGUUUGCCCGGCCAGAAAGGGCAUAAAGGUGAAAAGGGUGAGAUGGGUGCAAAAGGUCAGGAUGGUGCUGCUGGUCUUCCUGGUGAAAAGGGGGACACUGGCUUAGUGGGUGCUCCUGGCAUACCUGGUCUUACUGGUUCCAAGGGUGAACAUGGCCUUCCUGGUAGUAAAGGUGAAGAAGGUGAAAAGGGUAAAAAAGGAGAAAAAGGAGAACCAGGACCAGAAGGCAUUCAUGGAAGAGAGGGACUAAAAGGUGACCCUGGUAGUCCUGGUGUGGCUGGUCCUAAAGGAGAAAAGGGAGAUGCAGGACCUCCAGGACCAACUGCCUUAAGUGGUUUGCCAGGGCCGGAGGGUCCCCAAGGUCCACCUGGCAAAGAAGGUCAAAGGGGAAGAAGAGGCAAGCCAGGCCUCCCUGGAAAACCGGGACCGCCAGGACCUCCCGGUCCUUCUGGACUAAAAGGAAUUCUGGAUUCAUUGAACAAGCAUUAUAAUGAGAGUGAUACAGGACUAAUGGGAUUACUUGGGACCCCUGGAUCUAAAGGCCAAAAGGGAGAAAUUGGCCAGAAAGGAGAAAUAGGAACGCCAGGUGCAAAAGGUGAAAAGGGAGAAAAGGGGUACAAGGGAGAUCCAGGAGAAAUUGGAAUGGAGGGAUCAAAAGGAAAUAAGGGUGAAACAGGAGACCCUGGACCACCUGGUCUCAUUGGCACUCCAGGAUCUAAGGGACUGCAAGGACCUCCAGGACCUAUAGGACCCAGGGGAGAGCCAGGAGAAGUUGGCUUACCGGGAGAGCAUGGGUUACCAGGAAUGCCAGGAGUGAAAGGAGAAAAGGGUGACCCUGGUGGGAUCAUGGGACCACCUGGACACCCAGGUCCUAAAGGUGACGUGGGGCCUCCUGGACCAAGUCUGCCUGGAAGACCAGGUUCUGCUGGUAUUCCUGGAAACCCAGGUCCACGAGGACCAAAGGGAGAAAGAGGACUGCCUGGUCUUCAAGGAGCCCCUGGGGAGAUAGGGCCUCCUGGAAUAGGCAUUCAGGGAUCACCAGGUCCUAUAGGGCCAACUGGAUCAACAGGUGUUCAGGGCCCUAGAGGGCCUCCAGGAUUACCAGGAACUCCAGGUACUCCCGGUAUUAAUGGCACUCCAGGAAGAGAUGGAAAGCCAGGACUACCAGGCCCUCCAGGCGAUCCAAUUGCGCUGCCACUAGUGGGAGACAUGGGUACUAUACUGAAGGGUGAUCCCGGCACAAGAGGUCCUCCAGGCAUCCCUGGUAGAGAGGGGCCAAAGGGAAGCAAAGGUGAACGUGGAUUUCCUGGACUUGCUGGAGAGAAGGGUGAUGAGGGCCUUCAAGGUGUUCCUGGACUGCCUGGUGUUCCAGGACCCAGUGGACCGUCUGGAGCCAUGGGAAGACCUGGGCAUCCUGGUCCUGCUGGGUCAAAAGGCGAAAAGGGUAGUGAAGGCUCGCCUGGGAAGCCUGGACCACCUGGACCUCCGGGUGUGCCUUACAAUGAAAGAAAUGGAAUGAGCAGCUUAUAUAAACUCCAGGGAGGUGCGAGUGUCACAAGUUAUCCAGGUCCACCAGGACCUCCAGGUCCUAAGGGAGAUCCUGGCACAGUGGGUGACCCAGGACCAAUGGGAUUACCGGGUCUAGAAGGACUCCCAGGGGAAAAGGGUGACCGUGGACCAGCUGGCAUACCGGGAGUAGCAGGGAUACCAGGAAAGCCAGGAUCCCCAGGGUCCCCAGGGUUGCCAGGAGAACCUGGUGAAAGAGGACCUAUAGGAGAUACAGGCUUCCCUGGGCCAGAAGGACCACAAGGAAAACCAGGAAUCAAUGGAAAAGAUGGACUGCCAGGUCCUCCGGGUGCUGUGGGGAGACCAGGAGACCGAGGGCCCAAAGGAGAACGUGGAGAUCAGGGUAUUCCAGGAGACAAAGGUCCACAAGGUGAAAGAGGGAAACCUGGCCCAUCGGGAGAAAAGGGGGCCAUGGGACCUAUUGGGCCACCAGGAGACAGAGGACAUCCAGGAUCACCAGGUCAUCAAGGUCCUCCAGGUUCACCAGGCCCCCCAGGUUUCCUGGCUGAUACAGUUUCACUUGAAGAACUAAAAAAAUAUAUCAAACAAGAAGUUCUUAAGGUAUUUGAAGAAAGGAUGGCUCAGUUUAUGUCCCAGUUGAAGCUGCCUGCUGCGUUGCUUGCCUCUCAAGCUCAUGGAAAACCAGGACCCCCAGGAAAAGAUGGCUUACCAGGGCCCCCAGGAAAGGAUGGUUUACCAGGACCACCUGGGGAACGUGGACUUCAAGGUUAUAGAGGACAGAAAGGGGAAAGAGGUGAGCCUGGGAUUGGACUGCCUGGUAAUCCUGGACCUCCUGGCCACGCAGCUGCUGGCCUGCCAGGCCCUCCAGGAACUCCAGGGUCACCCGGACCGCAGGGGCCACCUGGACCCAAUGGAAGAUGCAAUCCAGCAGAUUGCUAUUACCACGUAUCACAGACCCGGCCACGCACCAGUGGGAAAUAAAACCCUCUCCCAUAGACACUUGGGUUCACAAUCACUUUUCACUCCUCUCAAUAAGUUAAUUUGAUCUUUGAAAUACUUGGUGCAUUUUUUGUCCCCAUGACACUGCCCAAUCUAUAGAUAAUUAAUAAGGCACGGAUUUGAGCCUUUUUCUAUUCUAUUUGCAGUGUCAUAAUUACAAAAUGAUAAGAUUUAUUUUCCAGCGUGCAUUCCAUGUGUUAUGUUUCUCAUAUUUAUUUUGCUUAGAGGAGAAAAUAGGCCCAAAUAAUUUUUAUGAGCUUCUUUCUUCCAACAAAAAAAAUGUUUUAUUGUAAGUUAAGACAGUAUGUGUGCCUCAGUGCGUAGACUGGCUUUAUGUUUCUUACUGGUGGUGAAAUUUAAGUGGAGUAAAUGCUGUUCUGAAGUUUUAAAGAGCACCCAUUGGUGGUGACUGUCGGACCUUAGCUGGACUGCUGGGAACUCUGUUUAGACGCAAUGUUACUGACCUGAGGAAGCUCCAGCACCCACCCUGAACUAGGUUUCCGUCAUGAACGCUAGCAACUGUUUCUGUAGCUACCUAGAAGGAAGCAAAGGUAUUUUUAUGAUCUCUCCACUGCCAUCCAAUUCAGAUUCAGUCUGGCUGGGAGUACACAACGUGCAUCCCCAACUAAGGUGAAUGCUAUUCCACCUGAGAACUUGAACCUUGAUUUAGUGAUGGUUGCAUAUACUCCAGGUAUAAAACUGCUGUGAGGACUCAUGGUAUUGUCUUUAACUAACAACUGGCACAUUUUCUAAUGCUGAUAAGAACUUAGCAAGUAUGUUGCCUAUAAUUAAGCUACUCUGCCAUUAUGUCUGCUCACAAAAAAGAUGUCUGGCUUUAGCAAGAGCACAGAUAUUAGCAGUGAGACAGUGGAAGAAAGAACUUUCAGAAGUCCCUGAUCUUACCACUGGCUGAGUUUUCCUCUUUCUCCUGCAAUAAGUAAUUGCUGAAAUAAUCUUGAGAAGAACCUGAAAAGAGUAGAAUGCAAAAUUUGCAGGUCCUGAUAACUGGCAGCAAAAAUAACUUGAGUUCAGGAGAGAUUCAGAAAAAAUAGGAAUCUGUCCUUGGAAAGGUGUCAUGCAUAGAGCUUGAUUGCAUUCAGCUUGCAAGCAUAGGAAGUAUAAAUCCUACAAGACCAGACAUUGCUGAGAAAGAACACAAGAGAAGAAAAUGUGAGUCCUACAGAGCUCAGAGGAGUGAGCAAAAGAAAAGAUGGAGAAAACCAAUCAUACAGAGGCCGAUUCUGAAAAGAGGGGAGAAGAGUUGGACAAAGUUUCACUCCUGAUAUCUAGCGUUGUCUGUUUCCUAAUUUUUGUCCUAAGAAAUUGGCUACAGUGUAAUAGAAAUUGGAAGUGCUAUUGAGAGACUCUGGGCAGCUACAGUCCAAGCAUGUGGCACAUAAGCAGCACUGCAGCCUCUUGCCCUGUCACUAGGGAGCUAGCAGUUCUGUCCUGCUGUAGGCCACUGAGUGGUUCUGAUAACCCUCAUGCUGCAGAAGAGCUGAGAGAGCCAACUUCUGCAUCAGCCAUCAGGGAAGCAUUCCCAGACUGGAAGUGCUGAAUGCUGGAGAAGCUCUUCUGAGGAAUUAACAGCUGAUUUCUUUUUGCUUAAAAACAGUAAGACAUUAAUGGUGAGAUACUUUUAAAAAUUGUAUUGGCAUUUCUUCUGAAUAGAGUUCCUAGCACUUGCAUCUAGUCCAAAAGGAGAAAGAUGUGUUAUCUUAGGUAGCCAGAGAGCACAGCAAGCCAUCAGCCACCCUUUCUGAGGAGGAGAACUGACCCUAAGAACAACCUCUGGGUGUUACCUUGUCUGUUAAUCAGUCAGAUAUUUUGAGGGAAGUAGGUGCUUGACACAAGGGAGAUGUUUAAAUGAAUGGGGAUGGAAGACUGGCAUGUGGUCACCUGGGGCGGGAGAUGUCGGCUAGAAGGAGUGUGCCAGAAAACCUGUGGCAUGUCAUGAAACCAUUUUCUGAAGGGAAUCUGUGAACUGCAAUAUGCCAGCAGCUUGGGGCAUGUUUGAGGGACUCAACACGUGUGUCUGUGAGCACAGAGGCUGAUGGCUCAAAGCCUUACGGACAUCCUUCACCUCUCAGCCUCCUCUUUUGCUCAUGCCGCGUUGGGGGCUGGCCCAGGCCUGCUCUGGGGGUGGUGAGUGCCCAUCCCUUGUGAAGACAUGCAGGGAGAAGCUCAUCCCUCCACAGUGUGGCUCAACACCUGCUGCUCCUCUUUCAGACCUCCUGUGCCUGGAGGGUGUGACUUGGUUUCCCUUCAGUGUUACCGCUGCUCCAGGGCUGCUCUCCUGUUCUUGGGCCACUGCAGUCAGGAGGUUUGAGAAGCAGAAAGGGAGCACUCCUUGUGUGCACCGACAGCUGCUGGGCCCCAAAAUGGGCCCUGCACACUGCUUUCAGUCCACUCAAAAGAACUGCUGGUCAGGUGUCCUGCAUGAACGCUUCUUUUUAAUUCUCUAGUAAUUCCAAUAUAUGUCAAAUCCAAAUAUUUUUUUACUUUAUACAUUAAUUUUAAACUUCAUUUUCUGUGAUAAUAUCUAAAAGGGUGCUGUCUUUUAGGGAACAUCACAGGACUGAAAGGUUUCUGCGCAGCCCUCUUCCUGGAACACUGUACAUAGGCUGCCACGCGCUGUUGUUGUUAUGUGUAUAUUUUGGGGCUUUUUAGCUAGCUGAAACCAAGCACUUGUUACUUGCCAGAUGCUACUUCUGUUUGUUAAUUUACUUGAACUGAUCAGAAAGUAGAUAACUUUUUGUAUUUGAAGAAGUUUAUUUUUUCAUCUUUGUUUCCUACAGAUGCCUUGUUCUUUUCUUGGGGUUCAAAGCUACAGGUCUUUUAAAAUGUAUUUAAACUUUGAAUUUGCUUAGGUAAUUAUACUUGAUGUAUUAUUUUUUAUUUUUCUAAAAGCCCAAAUCAAUUUUCUCAUGUGAGAAAACGGGUAUUUUGUGAUAUGGGCUAUCUCGAUACCUUUUUUUAAGAUGCCAUGUUCCUCACCUGGGUAGACCAGAGUUCCUCCUGGCAUGACUUCCCAUCACGCUGGGUACUCCAACACAGCGUAUUUAGAACUGAAAGCAGGAUGUAGCUGGAAACAUGCGUCUGGGUAGUUUGCAGGUUUGGUCCCUGAGAUUUGCCGUUUCGCACUGAUACUGUCUUAGAUUUUGGAACAGGGAACCAGGGAGGACAACUAGGUGUUCAUCUGUAUUGUGAUUUGCUAUAUCAUAGAACCAUAGAAUGGCUUGAACUGGAAGGGAUCUUAAAGACCAUCCAGUUCCAGCCCUCUGCUAUGGGCAGGUACACCUCCCUCUACAUCAGGCUGCCCAGAGCCCCAGCCAGCCUGGCCUUGAACACCUCCUGGGAUGGGGAACCCACGGCAUCAAUUUUGUGUCUGUUCUGAGCAGUCCGUGCUGCAGUAAACUUUGCAAGAAACUAAACAGGGAUGAUUACUUUUUCAGUAGCACAAGGUAUUUCUCUGAUUUGAGAAUGUUUAUCUACAACUUUGAGCUGAAAUAUCUCUGACGAAAUAGUUGAAAUCUUUCUUAAAAAUGAAGCCACGGACAGAACUACCCGGUUUGCCUGAAGAAAGCAAUAAAACGUAGGCAGGGUGAAACAUUCUAAGGCAGCAGCACAGCUGCCGUUGCCCACUGGGGGGUUCAAGACACGGUCCCAGCACAGGUGAGGAGGCAAAGGCUGAGUUCAGCAGCACAAGAAAUGAUGUAGUGCUGGGUAGCUGCACAGCACAAGAGUUUGUGUUUCUGGUUUUCUUCCUGAGCCUGGUAUUUUUUUCCUAAAAUCCAUUUAUUUUUACAUGGUGGUUUAUGCAGAAGUACUGCCUUUCUUGAGUAAUUAUUUUCAGGUAGUAUUGCUUAGGUUAUUUGUGUUUUGUAUAUGUACAUGUUACAGAAGAACAUGUAGUAGCAGAACCUGCUGCCCCCAGGCCUCCUUUCUGCCAGUAUCUGUAGGGGAGCAGCAAGUCUACAAGGUUAAUAAAAAUCAAAGCAGUGCAAUCACGCAGUUGUGCAAUCACACGGUUGUGCAGUCAAGUAGCAGUGCAGCCUGCUUGAUAAUGUUUUAGGAACCAAUAUUUUUGUCUUAAACUGGAUUUGGUUUCAAUGCUAAAAGAGCACUGUGAUAAGGAAACAGGAUUGAGCUCAUUGUCAGUCCUCCCUUUGCUUUAUGACUGUGUAUUAUGACAGAUGUUAGAUAUGCACAGCUUUGUUAAAUAUGCAUAUUUUUUAAACAUAAUGGAUAAUCACACAAAAUAUUUUGGCACUUAUUUUUCACAAUGGUGAAAUACUAUGUUUUACUGUUGUCGUACACUUUUUCUUCUUGUUCUGUAAUGUUUACAUAGAAGUCUUGUGAAAACCUCAUGGGCUAUGUUAGCAUCUUAUACACUUGUUUCUCCAAAUAUACUGGCAUAAAGCCAGCCACUAACCUUGUUUUACCAGGUUGGUAGAACUGCUGCUCCAACUUAGCAUGUGAAAACAUAACAAGUAUCUCAGGAAACAAAACAAUCUUUGCUUGUUUUAUUAUUAUUAUUAUUAUUAUUACAGUUUUGGUAUGUGAUAGAUUCUAAAUAUAUGCAGUCAUGCAGAGUUUCUUUGAAGUCUAUCAUGAUCACUACAACCAGAUUGUGCCGGGUGGUUUUGUAAGUCCAUCUUCAUACUCAGAGGUUGGUGUAGACCAUGGAAAACAAGUUUAAUUAUGACCUUACCUUGGUUGUUGCUGAAGUUGACAAAGCCAACUCAAGCUUCACCAUACUUUAAGAAAAUGUGGUUUUCAAAUAAUAACUGCUAACAAACGUUACAGAUUCUAGACCAAAAUAAGUUGUAGCUAAAAAGAAUGUAGUCUACAUGUAUUUUAUUAGCAGUUUAUCUCUAAUUCUGCUGGUUUAAAAUACAUUUAGUUAUUUACUGAAGUUUCAAUGUGUAUAUAUUCUGUCUUCAGUUGAUAUAUUUGAAAAUUUUCAAUGGCAUACCUUAUUUUAUUGUUUUCUUUCAUUUCUGAAUGAUAUGCAUCUGUCACUGAAUUAAUCAUCAGUACAUGCACACUCGUUGCUUCUUUCCCUCAUUGUACUUUUUGGUUUGCAGCAUUUAAGGUUCAAUUCAAUGAAUAUGUAUUAAGUGGAUAGAAAAUAUGCUUUUUACAUUACUUAUGUGGCCAUUUAUAUCUGCCAAAUAGGAUUCCAGGUGGAAUUGGGAAUGUUCCCCAUGCUUCCUGUACAUCCAAAUGAACUAUGGCUGUAUCAUGAGUGGUGGCCUUUCCUUUCUCAUCACAAGAGGGCCCACGCAACCGCAAGAGGAGGCAAGGGCUGGAAGUCAUGGCAGUGAGCCCAGUGGGCAUUCAGCACCUGGGCAGCAAGCCUGGGGCUGCUGAACCCAGCAGGGGUUGCUUUUGGCCAUAAUGAGCUCAGGAUUGUGCUUAAUUGCGCACCAGUGAAUCUUAGGGCUUCACAGACUGGAGGAAAACAAAAAUGAAAAUCCUCAGCCUUAAUAGACCCAUAAAACUGAUGAAGUUAAUCCAAACUCUGAAUCACUUUCAAAGAGUUUUCCAGUAUAAAAUAAGACAAUCUCAUUCAAGAAACUGUUAACUUCAGGUAAAUUCAGGCAUUUUUGUUACUCUCUUGCUGUUUAACUCUUCCAGGGAAAAAUGAGACCUCCCGAAUCAGCGGUGCUUUAAAGGAUGCUAGGCAGUAAUCUGGCCACUGGCGCAGUUUUUCUUCAAAUUUAAUGGUGGGUUCUGCAGGCUUGGUAAAUAUAUUGUCUAAAGCUGCAGAGUUUUACUGGUCCUCUUGAAUGCGGACACAGCUAGCGCACAGAGAAAUGAAAGUGUGAGGGGGGCAGAAUAAAGCUGAGGUUAUAGCAAACGAGGUGGGAGUUACAUGCCCUACAAAAUAAAGGCCCUUUCUGCUUUACCUUUUGUCUGAGAGCAGAGGAGGUACAGGGACUGCAUUGUAUGUGCAAAGGAAGUGGAGACUAUAUGGCCAUAUGGUAAUAUGAGAAAAAGUGACAGUCGUCAUCUUCAUCAUCCUAAUGUAUCUGACAACCAAAUCAAGCAAAUGCAUCAUGCAAUUACUUAAGCAAUUUUAAAACAUUUGCAAAAAUGCAGCAUAUGUUUGUAUGUGGAGUGUAACUGCUGUAUUCUGCUAUGCUGUCUCUGAAGCUAUAGGGCCUGCCUUCUUGUUCACUCUAUCUUGUAAGUAACCUUAAAGUCACACCAGCUGGCCCUCUCUUUUUGAAGGAAGUUCAAAUUUGGCUCUGCAUAGACUCAGAUUGCUAUUGCUGUACUCAUGGAAGCCAGAUCUGGGGUAACCUCCGCAGCCUUGCUGUCUUCCCUCUGUUUGGUGCUCCAAAUUGUGCUCUGAAGAGACUUUAGCCUUCAUAAAAUAUUCACAAAAGGGUUUUGGUACCAGUUCAUUCCAGGCUGCUCGAACCCAGUGAUGGCUGUGACAGAAAACUUAAAAUACAAAUACAUAUACAAACUCUAUAUAUGUAUAUAUGUGUGUGUGAAAUAUAUAUAUGUAAUUUUUAGAUAUGUGAUAUAUAAAAAAUAUAUGUAUAUAUUUAUGUGAUUUCUUUUUAUGUAUGUUAUACAUUAGUAUAUAAAAACGUAGCGCAGCAUGCAGCAGCAGUUUUCCUAAUACUUAUUGGUAGCCUUGUAGGGAAAGCGCUGCAAUCAACAUUUUAAGUGUCAGAUUGGGUUGUGAGGAAUUGGUGAUCAUUUUGCAGACAAUGCUAAACAUUUUCCCCUUGGUUCCUGCCUAUGUUUGGACCAAAUAACUGGGGAGCUAAAACAUGUAUUUGUCACAGUGCAGCUACACCUUGAGAAUUACAAGUGGCAGCCAGAGAUCCUAAGGGGUGAAAGUGGCUUUCAGAGUCUUCCUUCAAAACAGCAUUGCAUCUUCCGAUGUUGAAGUAGGAAGACAGGACAACAAUAUUUCCGUGGGGGCUCAGCAAGAGAGAGCCCAGGAGCAUCUGGUCAGAGCUGCCAGCACUGUCAUUGCCUUGGGAUAGCUCUCAGUCUCUUUGCUUUGUGCCAUCAGAGUAUUUUUAUUUAAACUAGCACUACUUUCUUUCUGUAUCGCCAUAGUUGAUACGCCUUCAGCUUCAUAAUUUUACAAUGGAAUCUUCAAUUGAACAUCCUGGUGCUAAAAUCCACUUCCUGAUACUUUCUUGGUGUGCACUCUACCACUCUUUGAAUGAAACCUGUCCCAAGCUAUCCACUUACAUAACAUCUGCAUUGAAUUGACCCUCAGUGUUAAAUCUGUUUGAUUGUAAUAGUUCUGAUUUGUUUUUUACAUAUGAAUGUUUUCUCUUCAUUGUGGAAUUUUAUGCAUUUUCAGACUAUAUUUUUUAAAGCACUUCACAUUUCUAUUUAAAUGUUGGGGGGGUUUGCUUCUUUUGAUUCAUUAUGUUUAUGCAUUACAUAUGGAAAAUAAUAUUUUCAUUCUGUU